UCCCGGUUUGUUUACGCGAAGUGGCAGAAGGGAACGAGAGACGAAAGUAAGAAGACGUUCCUUCAAACCUCUCCACUUCUCCAAAUCUGGCCUUCCAAAGCACAAUUUCCAGUCUCUGGUGACCCAAAAGCAGGCAGGAUGAGAUUAUUAGUCGCAAUAUGCAUCCUCAUGGUGGGUGGGAGUGCCACAGCAAUGUACUCUCCCUCUAGUGGUGUUGUCGACCUUACUCCAUCCAACUUCCAGCGAGAGGUUCUGAACGGUGAUGCUGUUUGGAUCGUCGAGUUCUAUGCCCCUUGGUGCGGUCACUGUCAGCGAUUGGUACCCGAGUACACAAAAGCAGCUCAAGCCUUAAGUGGAGUUGUUAAAGUUGGUGCUGUUAAUGCUGAUGAACACAGGAGUUUAGGAGGUCAGUAUGGGGUUCAAGGAUUCCCAACAAUCAAGAUCUUUGGCCUAGAUAAGAAGAAACCAGAAGAUUUCAAUGGACAGAGAACGGCACAAGGCAUUGUUGAUGUUGCAAUGAGGGCUGUUAGAGAAAAGGUAAAUGCACAACUAUCAGGAAAGAAGAGUGGUGGCGGUGGUGGCGGCGGUGGUGGUGGCAGCAGUGGAAGCCCAGAUGAUGUCAUUGAGCUCACAGAUUCAAACUUUGAAAAGCUGGUUCUUAAAUCUGAUGAUUUCUGGCUGGUAGAAUUCUUUGCCCCAUGGUGUGGACAUUGCAAGAACCUUGCACCUCACUGGCAGAAAGCUGCCACAGAGCUGAAGGGUAAGAUUAAGAUGGGAGCCUUAGAUGCCACUGUUCACACUGUUAUGGCCAGUCGUUAUGGUGUACAGGGUUAUCCCACUAUCAAGUACUUCAAUAAAGGAGACGUUGGAGAUUAUGAUGGUGGGCGCACUGCUUCAGACAUUGUUGCCUGGGCUGAUGACAGAGCUGCUGCGAAUUUACCUCCCCCAGAAGUAGUACAGAUCACAGACAAUUCCGUCCUGACAUCGGCUUGUAAAGAGCAUCCCAUCUGUAUCAUUACAGUUCUCCCACACAUUCUUGACUGCCAGAGCAAAUGCCGCAACAACUACAUUGAGAUUCUGAGCAGACUUGGUGACAAAUACAAACAGAAGAUGUGGGGAUGGGUCUGGAGUGAAGCAAUGGCCCAGCCUGAGCUUGAACAAGCUCUGGAUAUUGGUGGAUUUGGAUACCCUGCUCUUGCAGCUCUCAAUGCAAAGAAGAUGCAAUUUGCCCUCCUGAAGGGGUCCUUCAGUGAGAGCGGCAUUAAUGAGUUCUUGCGAGACAUUUCAUAUGGCAGAGGACGCACAGCGCCUGUGCGAGGAGCUGAACUGCCAGCCAUACAGGGAGUUGAGGCUUGGGACGGUCAGGAUGGGGUUUUGCCUGAGGAAGAAGACAUUGAUUUAUCUGAUGUUGAUCUUGAUGAUUUUGAUGAUCAAGGUCAUGUCGAGCUGUAAGACUAUCAUUAUUUUACUUUACUUGAAAAGUAAAAACUUUACAUUGAAAGUGUGGUAAAAGGAAGCAAAGGAAAAGUUGUAAUUUCUCCUAAUUUCUCAUGUUGAGAAUGGAAUGCUGUGACACAUGAGCUAUUCUUCAGUUUGGACAAAGUCAGGCCUUUUAAAAGUGCUUCUUAGGCUCUGCUAACAUUUGCCCAUAAAGAAUGGAAUAAGCCUUACAAGUUCAAAUACAGGUUUGAAUAUCCCAAUUUUACAAACUUAUAUUUCACAUUAAUAUCAUAAUUUUUAUUGUACUGUGUACACCAUCUUCAUUGUAACAUUGGGAAGUUCAAGCUGCUGAGUUUAGUAUUUUUUAUCAUGUAAUUUGACAUAGGAAAUUACACUUUUUUCAGGUUUCUUUUUGCUGUAUAAAAGCUUCCUGGGUUGGGCAUAUUACUAGUCGUGAAAAAUGAAAAGUAAAUUUUCAACUGUCUGCUGAAAUGUUAAAAGGAAACUUGAAAAUAACACAUUUUGUAGAAUACAGUCUUUUAUUCAUUCCUUUUAUAUAGUUAGUUAUUCAUGAUCUAAAAAAAGUAGAUUACUAAGGUAAAAGGACCACUUUUGUAAUCAAAAGAAAAUGCAUUUAAAACCAUUUAUUUUGCUUUGUAACUGUAAACCAUUUUAAUUUUUGUUUCUGUAAUUCUCCUAAUUUCAUUGAGAGUAACAAAUUUCCUAACAGUAAUGGUGGCAGGUAUGGGAGUUUGAUCAUUCUUGAAAGAAGCUUUGAAAUUGACAAAAUUAAGUUGUCAGUUCACAUAAUUAUAUGCCUUCCAAUGUAAUUGGGUACUUGCUUAUUCUUGUUGUUUGGACAAAACUGAUGGCUAACCAGUGGAAUGCUUGUACCUGUGGCCAAAUCACAAGAUAAUGCUUCUUGUUUGACCUGGACAUCCCUCUCCACAUACUUUAGUGUUUGCUGGGCCUUUCUAUCGCUGUACAUAUAAUGUGGGGACACUUGUAUUGUCCACGUUAUGUCAAAAGCCUCAUAGAAGCAAGAAGAGGUGCCCGACAUGACUGUCUGUUGGGUCAAUAAGAAAGAUUAAAUCAGUGAUUUUUAGGGAGUAGUUGGGUAGUUGUCAUUAUCUGAGGACUGCACCAGAACAGGCAUAUUUCUCUGGAUGAUUUCAGCCAUUGGUGGUUAUUGUUAAAAUUCGAUAUUACAUCUUUGUUGUAAUCUUUAAAAUAUUUAGAGUAUUUAGCAUUUCC